AUGACGCACAACCUAUCAUCGAAAUGCUGGUCCUUUCGAGACGUCGUCACCGCCGCACCACUUUUGAAAUUGGAUAAACUUCUGCAAUCAAAGAUCCCUCAGAUCAACAAUCGCGCUGCUGGCAAAAUCUUACUUGGCGAUCAUUUUCUUUACUUCAAUCCAGCAUCUGUUUCGCUGAGUCCCGACGGGUACUUCUCACAGAUCACGCCUCAGAACUUGCUUAACGACGAUAUAUCCUUCAGACGAAGACUGUGGGCAUUUGGGUCGUUGAAGUCCUAUGAGCCGUUGGCUUGGAAUCGUCAAUACGAAUGUUUCGAGACGAUCCAGUACGUUAAGAAGAUCAGAGGCGAUUAUUUCGUUAAAAUGCUGAGAACGAUCAGCAAUGUCGAUACACAGAACCUGGUCUUGACUGAAGAACGGGCUUUAAUUUAUACAAACAGCAAACCACAAUUGCCCAAACUCAAUGGGACGCAGCCUCCCAAUUUGAACCACCAGCGCUGUACCUUUACUUUCCGAGACUUGGACGUCGUGAGAUACAGCGCUUUGACGUUCAAUCCACAUCGAAUUCACUGGGAUAGAGACUACUGUCUUAACCAAGAGGGCUACAAAAACCUAAUUGUUCAGGGUCCGUUACUGCUUCAGACUCUUUUGCGAGUGCUGCAAUUGCAAAUGCGUUUUGAGAUCUGCAGCGUCAAAUACAAAAAUUCAAAUUAUGUCUACGUGGACCAGGAAGUCGCCGUAAUGGUUGGAGAACCAGACGCACAAGGACAGUGCGGUGCGAUCCUAUGUGAUGCCCAGAAUCCAUCGGUUCAUUUCCUAAAUGCCACUAUACUCCUACGCUAA